AUGCGACAGCCCGAACUGCAGGGCUCUGGACAUCUUCCUUCUGCUCAAGCUCUCCCACGGGACCUCACGGCUGUUUCAGGCUGCAGGAAGAUGUACGGGGGAAAUCACAUUAGAGUUCUAUUCACUGUGACUCUGGUCUGGCAGGCUGUUCAUUUAGAAAAAGGUCCUGUAAGAGAAGAACGUAAAGAAGAUGUGGAAAGUCUCAAUGCCACGGCACAAAAGCAGCAGGCCAAGAACGAAGGGACCUUUAUAAAUGUGCUCAGGGACAUGAAUCAGAGUUAUGAAAGUAGAAAGCAACAGAGUUCCAGGUCAUUCGUACCUUUCACUGGAAUUACUGAGAGUAAGAAACUGAGCAGACGCUGCUGCCAGAAUGGAGGGACUUGCAUCCUGGGGACCUUCUGUGCCUGCCAAAAGCACUUCAGUGGCAGAUACUGUGAACACGAUGAGCGGCUAGGCAGCUGUGGCAGCAUUCCCCACGGCCUCUGGGUGCUGAAGGGCUGCUGGCUUUGUCGGUGUGGCUAUGGUACACUGCACUGUCUCUCUGAAGUAAUGCGCAGAAACUGUGAUCUGAAAUCGGAAACAGAGGAGAUUAUCAUACUGUACUCUAAUGGUUUAAGAUUACAGCAAACAGUGUUUUCAGUCGCUUGCCUGCUCAUCAUCUUCCUGGAGUUCUUCUAG